AUGGAUCAGUUACUCCGUUUAAACGAAGAGACGCUGAAAUGGCACGUGUUAUGCCAGCUCCUGUCCUCCUCCGUACUGGAGAGACUUCUCAAGACUCUGUACGAGGUGUGUCCCUCCUUUAACGCCGACACCCCGGUAGUGGCUAGACUCUAUCACGAGACCGAGCAAGCCUGUUUGGACGUGGUAAAGAACUUCAUCCUGAUCGGAGAAGCCAACAGGUUGUUACAAGGAUCCUCUGCUGUUCCAGGACAACAGGGCGCCAACUCUUUAAAACCGCGCCCUGUUGCGGAGACGCAGCCGAUGAGAAGACUUGCACCCAAGCCCCUUAACCAGUUGUUUAAAAGUGAGGUGAUGAGUUCGCCAACUAAACAGCAGGUUAUAGAGAACGGAGACAAACAACCUAACCCAGCCUGGGUUAACCAGAUCAACCAGAAUAUCCAACUUCAGCUCAAACAGAUGAACAGUCAAGGGAACCAGAGCAGCCCUUCCUCCUCCAGAGUAGGAACACCCUCCUCUCUAUCCCCCGGUCCCUUGUCUCAACUCCCUGCAGCUAACGGCCCCAUCUCCCAGCUCCCUGUCAGCUCUGCUGGACACCUCUCUCAGAUCACUCAAGGACCCCUUUCUCAGAUCAAUCAAGGACCCCUCUCUCAGAUCACUCAAGGACCCCUCUCCCAACUGCCCCUCUACACCCCCACCUCUGCACCUGUUGCCAACCUGGUAUCCACUCCUGUCACUAACAGACAAUCUCCUGGCACCAGUACUCUCUCUCCUGAAGCUACUCAAGCGCUAACCGCUCAACUUACUGCUCAUCUGAACAGACAAGAGGAGAAGCCCGCCACUUCUCCUGAGUCUACUCCUCAGAAAGAAGGAAUGACAGUCAGCCCUGCCGCUGCUCCGGCUCCGGGAGAGACUGGUCAACAGAACGGUGUGAUAAAGCAAGGUGAGGUGCAGAAAUUCGAGAAACAAGUGUCCGAGUUGAAAAACUACAUGGAUGAAGUCAAAGCACUGUUUGAUGUUUUCAACGAUCCGUCCCCUAAGAACAAAGAGGCAGUGAACGCUUUAUCUCAGGCUAUUUCUGUAAACUCGGCUGUGACCCAGGAACUGCAGACCAUCAUCAAGCCAGAAACAGAGCUGCCACCAGUAGUCCAACAGCAACAGUUUAACCCUCUGCCAGUGUCCCACUACUUCCCCAUCGAGCAGCUGAUGAAGCAGCACCAAGAAGUUGACGUGUCCCAGAACGUAGCUGUAACAGCUGUACCCACCCAUACCCACACCCACACCAAGGGUCGCUCCUCUAAAGAGAAGCUGAACUGCAAGGAUUGCGGCCAGAUGUUCCAGUACUCCUACCAGAUGGAGCGCCACAUAGCAACACGGCACAGCUACAUCAAGAAGAUUAUCUGUGACAUUUGCAAGAAAACUUUCGGUUCUCCCGGUGCAUUGAAACGUCAUCACGAGACAAUCCAUCAGAAGAUAAAGAGGUUCACGUGUGAGCAUUGUGGUAAGAAGUUCGGAAGGAAAGAUCACAUGAAAUUUCAUAUCAGCACUGUGCAUACCCAGAAAAAAGAAGCGCCUAUUGACCAGAGUAUUCUGGAUGCGGCCAUUACCAACGCGACUACCAGCACUGAGCAAAGAAAACCUGACGAUCCACUCGACGAGCUGAAACAGCGAAUCAGAGACAUGAGCGAGAACCAUGCUAGGGAACUGAACCUUCAACAGCAGCUGCAACAGCAGCAACUACACCAGCAACAGCUUCAGCAGCACAUUCUUGCCCAGCACCAGCAACAGCAGCAGUCCUUCGACAUCCAGAACGUUAUCAACAGUAUUAACCAGGAGAUACUGAAGACGUCUGCUGAUCCCAAUACAGCUCCAGCAAAUGGGAACCAUACUGAACCAGCUACAAGCCCUCAGAUGACUAACGGAGUGCCGCGCACAGAGAUUCAGAUAGUGCAAACCUCAGAGGGAAUGCAGCAUUCGGAAGGAAUGCAGCAUUCGGAAGGAAUGCAACACUCGGAGGUUAUGCAUCAUUCGGAUUCGAUGCAGCAUUCAGAAGGAGUUCAACAGGUCGAUAUCGAGAUGGACGAAGACUCUGUGCAGGUUGAUGUUCUAGAAGAUUCCUCGAACGGAGGUACUACCUACACCUCGUCUCCCUACAACAGCGAGGUAAUGAAGGACACCACGGUCGUCUCCACUCCUGCUCCCCCUACACAUGUGACUGUCACGUGAACAGUUCCCUCGCCAUCACAGUCUUUACAAACACUGAGUUUUUAAAUGUACAGAAGUUUUUAAGCGUUUCCACGUUUUCGUAUUGCACAGAAUUGUCAGUCCGAGAGACGUUGGGAAGAGCUUGAUAGUUUAUUUUGAGUAUAAAAGUAGAUGAGUUUAUAAAAAGGAGUAUGAGCUUCAUUUUAAAGUGGAUGUGCUUAAACAUCAAAAUUGCGCUCAACGCCAUUUUAAGUAGAUGGUUGCGUUAUUUGUUACAUCUAACUUUAGAAGAGAAAAGUUUUACCUUGUUAUUACGUUCAACGUUUACAAACAGUAACCUUCACGAGGUUUUUUUGUGAACACAAACUUUAUUUGUAAAAGCGUAGUACAGAGUAGACAUAGAUAUUGUGAUCUUGUGAAUGAGAUGAUGAUAUCUUUCUUACAAGUUAAACGAUAAAUUGUGACCGUACACCUAUCAGAAACGGUUUAAUGAAUAUUUUAAGUCUUUCUUGAGAGUUUCCUUGUUUGAAUGCAUGACAACUUUAACAAAUUAUGUACGUAUUUAUUAAUUUCAGAGAGAUAGUUUAAUGUUUUCGUUCAAAAUAAUAUUUAAGAAAAUACCUUGUAAAUAAUAUACCGUACUAUUUUGUUGGAAUGAUCUAUGAUAAAAUAUAAAAUUGUCUUUGGAAUUCUAUUCUAUUUGAAUUACGGAAUGUGUAUUUAUCAUCCCGACACCCAAGAUAAGAUUGCAGUGACUUUGGUAUCAUUUUCAGUUAAACUAUGUGAUAAUUGUGUUGGGUCGAGUUUUCUUUUGUUGAGCAUGCAUAAUAUGUAGUUCAUUCAGUUACAAGUUAAUAUUAAUCUGUUAUAUUUGUUUGUGUUCAAGAAUUUUACGAA